GGCAGCGGUGGACUCCCAGUGCGCAGACGCGCUCCCGGCUGUGGGCCUGCGCAUGUCUCCUCCGAUUUGCCGUCCUGGGCGUCAUGGCGGCUACCGCGCUCUCCUUUAGGUUGCUCCUACCGCCAGCGACCUGGACUCUGCGAGCUUUCUCCACCGCCUCGACACCGGCCUUCAGAUCCCGGAAACCCCUCGGCGAGCCACGUGCAACGGGAAGGACUUCCCGGCUCGAAAGGCCUCUGAGAAGAACGGCCCUGCCUCCCAGGACAGAGAAGAUGGCCGUGGACCAGGACUGGCCCAGCGUCUACCCUGUUGCAGCACCAUUCAAGCCCUCAGUUGUACCUCUUCCUGUUCGAAUGGGAUAUCCAGUCAAAAGAGGGGUGUCUAUGUCCAAGGAAGGCAAUCUGGAGCUUCUGAAGAUCCCCAAUUUUCUACAUUUGACUCCUGUAGCAAUUAAAAAGCACUGUGAAGUUCUUAAAGAUUUCUGCACUGAGUGGCCAGCUGCACUGAACACCAACAAGAAAUGUGAGAAGUAUUUUCCAAUUGAAAUUGAUACAGCUGACUAUGUGUCUUCAGGGCCAUCCAUUCGAAACCCCAGAGCACGGGUAGUCACCUUAAGGGUUAAGCUUUCCAGUUUGAACUUGGAUGAUCAUGCCAGGAAGAAAUUAAUCAAACUUGUAGGAGAGCGGUACUGCAAGACCACAGAUGUGCUUACCAUCAGGACAGACAGGUGUCCUUUAAAGAGACAGAAUUAUGAUUAUGCAAUGUAUUUACUAACAGUUUUGUACCACGAGUCUUGGAAAACAGAGGAAUGGGAGAAGAACAAGACUGAAGCAGACAUGGAGAAGUAUGUUUGGGAAAAUAGCGCCUCUGAGAAAAACGUGCUGGAGACUCUGCUCCAGAUGAAAGCUGCCACUGAGGAAGCCUCAGAAGUCAGCAAGGAAGCGCUCCUGGGCACCAGGGAAGUUGACAAUUAUAGAACAGCCAUCAUUUCCUUGAAGAACCAGGGGGAGAACAGAGAUACUCUCUCUCAGUACAAAGAAUCAGUGAAGAGACUGCUCAGUGUGUCCUGAACUCCGGAGGGGGGAACACCUGCUUCCUCUGUUAAUUUCAUGAUGCAUAUGUAUAAUCUAAUGUGAUAUAAAAUGUUAUUUAAAACCCA